AUGUUCAGUGACUCAUCCGCCGAAAGGAAGAACCCAGGUCCGCUUUUGGAGGAGCAGAAACUGAGGUCCGAGCCCCGGUGGAACAGGGACGACGCGAAAGUAACCAGCACCAAGCAAGACGAGCCGAAACUAACAAGCAGCACUUUUGCUCUGACCGGAGACUCUGCCCACAACCACGCUGUCGUGUACUGGUCUGGGCAAAACAGCAGCGUAAGUCAUACGAUUUCUUUACUUUCACGUGGGUGUGAAUUUAACACAGAAGUGUUGUCUUCCAGUUCAAAAUGGCGGUCGACGGAUUACGGGACGACUUACGAGAAACUCAACGACAAAGUCGGAGUGAAGACUGUCCUCAGCUACCUGUACGUGUGCCCGACCAACAAGAGGAAGAUAAUGGUGUUGACCGAUCCGGAGUUUGAGAGCAGCGUGCUCAUCAGCGCGGACGAGGGGGCCAGCUACCAGAAGUACCGCUUGAGCUUCUACCUCCUGAGCCUGCUCUUCCACCCCGCGCAGGAGGACUGGGCCUUGGCCUACAGCCACGAGCAGAAGUUGUACAGCUCGGUCGAUUUCGGCAGGAAGUGGCAGCUUGUCCAUGAAGCAGUGACGCCUAACAGAUUCUACUGGUCCGUAAUCGGCCUGGAUAAGGAGACUGACCUUGUCCACCUGGAGGCCAACACACCUGACGGACGUGCUCAGUAUGUGACCUGCCGAGCGCAGAGCUGCUCGGAGACCAGCCGCCACUACCCGUUCGCUGGCUACAUCGACACCAACUCGUUGGUGGUCCAGGACGACUACAUGUUCAUUCAGGUCACCUCUGCUGGCCGGGCGUGGUACUACGUCUCUUAUCAGAGGGAGGCCUUCAUGAGAAUUAAACUGCCUAAGUACUCCCUUCCCAAGGACAUGCACAUCAUCAGCACAGACGAGGGCCAGGUCUUUGCCGCCGUGCAGGAGUGGAACCAGAACGACACGUACAACAUCUACAUCUCCGACCCGACGGGCAUCUUCUUCACCCUGGCCCUGGAGAACGUCAAGGCCAGCCGCGGGCUCGGAGGCAACAGCAUGAUCGACCUGUACGAGGUAGCGGGCAUUAAGGGGAUGCUGAUCGCCAACCGCAAGCUGGAGAACCAGGUGAAGACCUACAUCACCUACAACAAGGGCCGCGACUGGAGACUGCUGCAGGCGCCCACCAGUGACCUGGAGGGGAACGACAUCCACUGUGUCCUGCCGUUCUGCUCCCUGCACCUUCAGCUGCAAAUGUCAGAGAACCCGUACCUCUCAGGAAGCAUAAUCAGCAAGAGCUCGGCACCGGGGGUCAUCGUGGCCACAGGAAACAUCGGUCCGGAGCUCUCCUACAACAACGUGGGAAUGUUCAUAUCCUCCGACGCAGGGAACAACUGGAGGCAGAUCUUUGAAGAAGAGCACAAUGUCUGGUUUUUGGACACAGCGGGUGCCUUGCUCGCUGUCAAACAGCCCACAGUACCAACCAGACAUCUCUGGGUGAGCUUUGACGAGGGCCGCCAGUGGGACGUGCACAGCUUCUCCAUGGUGCCCCUCUUUGUGGACGGCGUGCUGGUGGAGUCGGGCAUGGACAGCCAGAUCAUGACGUUUUUUGGACAUUUUAGCCAUCGAUCGGAGUGGCAGCUCAUUAAGAUUGACUACAAGUCGCUUUUCUCCAGACGGUGCACAGAGGGUGACAUCCAGACCUGGCACCUCCACAACCAGGGUGAACCGUGUGUGAUGGGCCAGAAACAGAUCUACAUGAAGCGUCGCCCGGGCAACCACUGCAUGCUCGGCCGCGACUACGUUAGGGUCCUGUCCGCCGAGCCCUGCGUUUGCCGAGCGCACGACUUUGAAUGUGAUUAUGGGUAUGAGCGGCGUGGAGACGGAAACUGCUCGCCCUCGUUCUGGUACAACCCGGCCACGGUGUCCAGGAGCUGCAGUCACGGACAGAACUACCUCAACAGCACGGGGUACCGCAAGGUGGCGGCGAAUAACUGCACCAAGGGGGUGAAGGAGAUGUACACGCCCCGCCGGCAGCAGUGUCCCACGCGGGCGCCCCGCGGCCUGCAGCUCAGCACCGGGGAGGAGGAGAAGCUCACCGCGCCGCUCGCCUCCAACGUCACCUUCCUGGUGCAGCUCCAAGAGGGAGACUCGAUGCGGACGCACAUCCAGCUGGACUUUGGCGACGGCACGGCCGUGUCCUACUCCAACCUCACCUGGGCCGAGGAGGGCAUCAAGCACAUGUACCGCAGCGCCGGAAUCUUCCGCGUCACCGCGAUGGCGGAGAACGAGAUGGGCGCUGACAGCACCUCGCUCUACCUGCACGUGACGUGUGCUGUGGAGCAAGUCCAGCUGCUGGCUCCGUUCGUGGUCAUCCGGAACAAGGAGGUGAACCUGACCGCCAUGGUCGGGCCCAGCCAAUCCCGGACGCUCACCUACUUCUGGUGGCUCGGUAAUAGUUCCGAGCCCAUCGUAACGUUGGACGGCAGCAUCUCCCACACCUUCACCAGCGAGGGCAUGCACACGGUCACCGUGCAGGUGUCCUCGGCCAACUCCAUCCUGCAGGACACCAAGACCAUCGCCGUGCAAGAAUUCUUCAAAUCGUUACUUUUAUCUUUCUCCCCUAAUCUGGACGAGGUCAACCCUGACAUCCCGGAGUGGAGACAAGACGUUGGCAGGGUAAUUAAGAAGGCUCUGCUGCAAAUUGCCGAUAUUCCGGAAAAACAGCUCCUGGUCGCGGUGUUUCCUGGGAUCCCGACCGCCGCCGAGCUGUUCCUCCUGCCCAGCAAGAACCAAUCCAAGGGCCGGAAAGAGAAUGAGGAAGAGCUCGAGCAGAUUUCAGAGGUCCUCGUCAGCGCCUUGAAUCAGAACCUGGUGGAGUUUGAGCUGAAACCCGGUUCUCGCAUCAUCGUUUACAUCACACAGUUAACCUUGGCGCCGCUUGUAGACUCGAGCCCGAGACACAGUAGCUCUGCGAUGCUCAUGCUCCUCUCUGUGGUGUUCCUGGGUUUAGCCGUCUUCCUCAUCUAUAAAUUCAAAAGAAAAAUCCCCUGGAUCAACAUCUACGCCGAGGUGAACCACGAGAAGGAGCAGGAGAUGAUCAACACGGUGGGGCAGAGCGAGACGGCGCCUAAGAUCACCCUCAGCGAGUUCCCCACCCAGAAGGAGCUCAUGGAGAAGGAGCUGGAGUGCCGCGUCAAACGGGGCAUGGCGAACACCUGCGAAAGCACAAGAGAGAUUCCAAACUGUACAAGUGUGUAA